AUGUCGAAAAUUGAACUUUACCUCAAGCUCAAAGCUGGAAAACCGCCAGGCCAGGAUCUUUUGAGGGUGGUGAAUGAAUCACAGAUCAAAGAAAAUUCCAUCGAUGUGGUUUCCAAUAAUGAAAACAAUACCAAACCUGGCAACAGGCCAACCUCAUAUACAAAAACACAACAACAACAACAACAACAACAGCAGCCCCUAUCAACUGAUAGCUCAGUAUUUUCCUUCGACAAAGUUUUCAACGAGCAAGUUUCCAUAAAUCAAAUAUACCAAGAAGUGCUUGAACAAUCAAUACAUGAUUUAAUUGGUCUACACAAUGACACAACAUUUUUCAACUUUGGGCCUCCAAAUUGCGGGAAGACACAUUCGUUAUUCGGCAAGAGUUCCAACGGUUUGUUGGGUCUUUCUUUGAAAAAUAUUUUCCAAAAAAUAGAGCAAAUUAAUGGCCCAGACUUCGACAGUGCUGUUUACCAUGAAAUAUUAGGGUCACAUUAUGGUGGAUUACUCCUUAAUGCUAAUGAUAUUGUUGAGGACCCAAAGAAGUCUUCUUCGAAUAAACCUAAACCAAUAGCAGAACAACCAAGUGAUCGUGACAAUCGCAGUGAUGAUACCAACAACAAUAACACAAAACGUAUUAUUUCAAUCAGCAUGUAUGAAAUUUACAACGAUUCCGUCCACGACUUGCUCGAGCUCACAAAAGACUAUACCUUUUUGAAAAAACAAAUCAAAAAACAAGUCCAUAAAUCAACCGAAAUUUUUGAUGAUGCCAAAGAUGGCAAAACAAAACCUUCAAAUAUUUUCACAAUGUCGGUAUCUUCAUUCGAGCAAGCAAUGCUAUUGAUCAAUUCUGGGUUGAAAAAUAGUAACGUCUUGCCAAUAAGUCAGUCAGCGAGGUCCCAUUUAUUUGUCCUGGUCAAUGUCCAUGCUAUCGAUACCUCUUCUAAAACAACCACCAAGAAAAAAUCAGCAUUCAAUUCCGCCACAAAAGGAAUAUUGACUCAUGAUUCAGUCCCAGGAAAACAAAUAAAAAUUAAGACUUCUAGAUUGACAUUCUCUAUGGCAUCUAGCUUGGAAAGAACCAGACUUUCUUCUAAUCUGGGUAGUAGAACUAGUUUUUCGGAAAAUAAUUCUAAUGAUCAAUCAUUGACUGAUCUCUGCAGGGUGUUGGCAAUUUUGAACAAAAGCAAAAAUAAAACUAAAGAAAAGUACCAUUUACGAAGUGAUAAACUAUCAAGGUUGUUAUUGAGUGAUUAUAUUGCGAGUCCAAACAAUAAAAUGAUGAUAUUAUUGAAUCUUGAUCCUUAUGGUAACUUGAACUCAAUCAAUUCAGCGUUAAGGCUAAUUUCCCCAUUUCCAAGGGCCAGAAAUUCCUCCACCUCCGGUUUCAAUUUUAAUAGAAGCUCAUCUUUCAAUUUCAAAUUAGGGUUCAGGAAUAGAGAAUUAAAGCUAGCACCAUCGCCGACAAUGCUGAAUCAUGGAAAACAAGUCUCUAGAAACUCAGUGUCUCCAACCACCUCAAGAAAUCACAGAUUUUCAACUCACAGUCCUGCCUCAAUUAAUACUAGAUCACCACAAAGUACAGUUGAAGGAUUAACUCAUGUUCGUGAAAGUUCAAAUUUAUCUAUCACACCAUCGCAUGCCAGUACUAUGGCCACCUUACCUGAAAAUGAAUCCACAGUUGCAUUUAGAAGAUUAUCAAUGAUUCAGAAAUCAUCUUCACCACCAUCACCAAUUUCCCUUAGAAAUACCGGAUAUUCUGCUUCUACAAAAAAGAAGGUUAGUACUUCACCAUUAGUUGAAUCGUUCACUGCCGCCAAAGUUGACAGGCUUCCUCCCUCGUCGUCUUCUCAUUCUCCUACUUCGUCUCCUCCCCUUCCACCUACCCCUCCUCCACCGCCACCUCCGACUGAAGGUCCAAAUAUUAGACACCAAAGUAUGGUUGAUAAACGAAAUAGACAGCAUUCCAAUGGUCCAAUUAGAUCCCAAUCAUUCCCGCAUAAACAACAACACAACUCCAUAUCUUCUAGCAACUAUAAUUCUCCAACAAAUUCCAAGAAUUCUAGUAUCAUCUCCAAUAGUAAUCUGACCACCAGUACCCCGGGAUCUUCUUGGCCAAGCGUGAUGACAGUUUCCUCAUCAUCCAGUGUUGUUAACAAUUUUAUCAAAUCAAUGGAUAUAAAUACCUCGGACAAAUCACAGAUAUUAGAGAAGAUUGUUUAUAGAUGCCAAACUUUAUGCGACGAGAAUGCUUUCUUGAAAGGUAGAAACCAGCUAUUGGAAGGUAAAAUUCACGAUUUGAAUAACGAACAGAAAAGUCGUGUCCAGCAAAUGGCUGAAGAUUUAACUAGUUCAAGAUUAGAGAUUGACGCACUUGAAGUUGAGAAUAAGAAUCAUACAGACAGGAUAGACGAAUUGGUGAAAGAAAACUAUGUAUUGACCAAACAACAUACAGCAUCAAAUAAAGCCAAAGAUACCCUAAUAGAUGAAUUACGGAGCAAAAACGAUGACCAAGAAGUCCAAUUAUCAGAUACCAUAAAGCAGCUCAAUGCAGCUAAAGAAGAGAUCAAUUACCUAAAGAAUGAGCUUCGGUCAACCAAUGGAGAUUUAGAACAAAUCAAACACAAAUUCACCGUGUUGGCGUUCCAAAAUCAUGAAUAUUAUCAGAAAUACAGCCAGGCAAAAGAAAGUUUGGCAAAUAUGAAAUUGGAAGGAAAGACGAAUAGUGAUAGUAAUAGUAAUUCCACCAUUGAAGCGGUUACUCCAAAGAAAACAAGGUUCCAAAAAGCAAGAGAAAAAAUCAAUUCUUUUUAUUUCGAAGAAUUUUCAUUCAAUUCAACUUAUAACGAGGAGUCUGAUAUUUCUAAUAUAAUAGAAAAAGAUGACUAUAAUCAUGAUGAGAAUAAUCAUGAUGAGAAUAAUGACAAUGAUUGUGAGAAGUAUUCUAUGUUACUGAAGGAUUAUUUGAUUGAGCCAUAUUUCAACAAGGAUUUCGGUUCUGGAACCCAUGAAAAUUCUACCAGCAAUAGUUCAAUGAUUUUUGAUUUUGAUGAUCCCCGUCAUGAAAAGAAUUUGGCCACCUCGGCUUCGAAUUCUCAAUAUGAAAGUGAGUCCGAAAGUCAUGUCAAGAUAAACUUCAAUUUAUCCUCUUUUUCCCCGGCAAUUAAGAAAGCCUCAGAUGAUCGUUGA